AUGACGCGACCACAAAUAAUACGAGCAGACACCAUUGACCUGCAGGACAAAUCGUCUCCAACCGCACAAGACCACUCGAACCAGCCAGAGCACCCUGCGCCGCUGGGCAUUGGGCCCGCUGCACCCCAUCAGCAAGCCUCUCUACAAUCGGUCGAAGAUGAGCGCACCGCUGAGGAGACGCGCCUGCAGAAUGCCUGGAACAAUGCCGGGAACUCGCUGAGCGAAGACCCAGCGUCUGACGAUGAACGCACAACAACGAACAACGCGAACGGCCAGGAACCACAGCAGAAUGGCGGUGUGCACGCCGACAACGACGACGACAUGCAGGACGCCGACGUGGAGGAGGAUAUGGACGAUGACAUGCUCGACAAGAUCUCGAGUUCACCUUCGAUUGACGAUGGUGGGUAUUCUUUACCUUCUUAUCCCUUGGUAUGGCCGACGCGAAGGGACUCUUUGACUCCACAAUCGUCACCGAUCAUACCAAGUUCCGCUUCUUCGUCCCCUUUCACAACCACACCUGUGCAUUUCCCUAUCCCUGUCGCCAGCGCCGGUCGACCUCUCAGUGUCCCAGCGCAUGGCACAGACGAUCUUCCAAUCACCUCACGUCAUCCUUUCACAACACCUCCCAUAUUUCAAUUCUUUCAGCAGCCCUCAACAUCACAGUCAACGGAGCAUCAUCACGGUGAGUAUACCUGGACAAGGACCACCGUCGGCUCGCACAUCGAUACCACGGCCAUACAGGACGAAGAUCUGAGCCCUAGGACGAGGCAGCUGAGGCUCGUGGAAUGUAGGCUGCAGCUCAUGAGGGAAGACUCGCAGGGAUCACUGAUGUCCGAGCUAGACGAGGAGCACGCUAGGAAGAUGUUGCAGUCUGUUCGGCCGCCAUCGAUUGGUCUAUCAGACGACCCCUUCGUCGAAACCAUCGCACCUGCUCCACGGAGUACUAGCGGCACCCCGCCUCCACUCAAGCACUUUGACGAUGAAGACGACUCCUGGACGACCGACAGCGACGCCGACUCCUGGGAUGAGGAACUGGAUAACGAUGAUGAUGAUGAUGAUGACGAUGAUAAUGAUGAUGCAUCCAAUGACGUUUCCUUCUCUGAUGAUCCUAGAUUUGUCGACUCAGGGUGGGGAGGCGAAUGCUUACGAGAAACAGAGGAUAUCGACUUCGAAUUCGUCUACGCCCUGCACACUUUCGUCGCGACUGUAGAAGGCCAAGCAAAUGCCACAAAGGGCGACACGAUGGUGCUGCUCGAUGAUAGCAACAGCUACUGGUGGCUUGUCCGUGUUGUCAAAGAUAGUAGCAUUGGAUAUUUACCUGCAGAGCACAUCGAAACGCCAACAGAGCGUCUAGCGCGCCUGAACAAGCACAGAAACAUUGAUCUGUCGGCAACAAUGCUUGGUGACACUGCAGAGAAGACAAAGAACCCGUUGAAGAAGGCUAUGCGACGACGAAACGCGAAGACCGUACAGUUCGGGGCGCCUACCUACGUCGAAGCAUCUGACUACGACUACUCCUCCGAUGAGGAGGGCGGUGAACUAUUUGGUGGACCAGAGCCUAAGCAGGUCCAACAACAACAACAGCAGCAGCAGCAGCAGCAGCAGCAGGACCAAACUGCGCAGAAGUCUGAAGCCGAGCAGGAUGACUCUAUGCAAGUGCAGCCGCUGAAGCUUGGCGGUGUGAAGAAAGUCUCUUCUGAUGAGUCGCGGACAUCGAGUGAAGAGGCCGGCAAAGACGAUGAGAAGUCGAGGACUAGCGACGAGAUGUUUGAUCGACCACUGGACCAGAAAGUGUCACGAAACGGCACGCUCCGCAACACCGACUCCUUCUUCAAGGACGAGAACACAGAGACUCGGAAGAUCACCCUUACGCCCAAUCUGUUACGAGACGACUCAAGUACCUCCACUACAGGCUCUCGUGAGCGCGGACCAAGUCUUGAAAGCCUGGAGAAGAAUGGAUUCGCCGACAAGGUCAAAGACGAUAAGAAGAAGAAAGACAAGAAGUCCGGUAUGCUCAGUGGCCUCUUCAAGCGCAAGGACAAGAAAGACAAGGACUCGAAGGGGGAUGUUGAUUCGGUGGAGGCCGACCUGAAGAGGGCAAUCGAGAGGCCAGAUCAAACUUCACCACAAGCAACCCAGGCGAAACCGGCAGAAGUCUCACCCGAGCGUCAUUCGGAAGAGCAAGUUGGACAAACACCGUCCAGGCAAUCAAGCAAGGGCAAAUUGCAGAAGCAACAGCGCGCCAGGACCGACUCGCCCAUCAAGACCAAAAGUAUUCUGAAGACGGACAGCCCUAUGGAAGCCACAGUAAAUCCAGAAGAGGAUACUGGUACAAACGGGAACGGAGCUGUUGGGCAACAAACCACAUCUACCAUGCGCAUAGUCUCCCCGGACCAAGAUGAAGGACCACAAGCACAGCCAUCGGUACAAGAACGCGUGAAAUCACCCGAGAGUCAGUCAGUCGUGGCUGCCAUCAGCUCCAAGAACCCUUUCAGGUCGAACACUACAACUGACAGCGCACCAAAGCCAGCGAAGGUCCGCAGGGCGAAGGAGCGAGUGGCGCUGGACGACUUCGAUUCUAGCGCAGACGAGAGCGACGAUCCGUUCGCAGACCCCGAUGCGCAAGACAGGACAAGAGAACAAACAGCUACUGAGCCAGUUGGACGUCUCUCGGAAUCGCCUGUUCAUGUUUCUGCCACAGAUGCACAGCCAACAGUCAGAGAGGUUGCACCAGCUAGGGACCAGGAGUCGGACGCCCAGCACCCACCAGGCCUCACAGGCGACAACUCUAGCGCUGAUACUAGCUCGCGCGUCUCGACACCCGAUCUCGAUGCUGCGAGCCCAGACACCAUUGUACCGGACAAGCUCAACGUCGCCGCGCCACGAACCGGAAUAUCGCCGUCGCCCACGCUCCUUUCACCUAACGCGAACCUCAUUCCACCACCGUCCCGCGCUGCUCCUGUGCCGCUGAACGUCAACACCUCGCCUUCAGUGUCAUCAGCACCGGUCUCGUCAGAGAGUACAACGCUGCCAGCCUGGUCCGAUGCCAGCCUUCGUUCUUACCUCGACGACGGCAGCGAGAUCCGCGACCUUCUUCUCAUGAUCAACGACACCACUGGCGUCGUACCUGUUGGCAAAGAUCACCCACUUAUGAGCGGACUAUUCGUGGAGGAAACAAAGGCCGCGCAAAGCCUCAGCAGUGAGCUCGACAGACUGCUCAAUGGCCUAAUGGACAAUCGCAUGAAGCGUGCAGGGAGUGGCGCGAGUAAGAAGAGCCAACUCAGUCAGAUGAGCAGGGCAAGUACUGCUGGUGGAAGGUAG